CCGCUGACAGCCAAACUCGCCAACUCCGCCCUCCCGCGGGAUCCCGGAGCCCUAGCCUGCCCCCGGGCCGAGGCCGCCCGAGCCGCGCGGCGAGCGAACAUGGCAGCAGAAUGAGAAGGCUGGCCCCAGGUCGUGGCCGCCGCCGCCGCCGCCGCGCUGCAGCUCCAUAUCCACGCCCGGCGCCCUCCGAGCCUCCAGCUUAGCCGGCCUCCUGCUGGUCGCCAGUGCAUUUCAUUCGGAGCAGCGGGCGGGGAGGAAGGGGACCCCCGCAGCCCGGCCGGUCCGGUCUGUGGCAGUGUGUCGAGGCUCCUGCGUGCGACUCGCAGGCUGCGGAAACGACGCGGGGGAGAGCCGGUCCCGGCUGCGGCGGCACGGGCGCGGGGAUGAGCCGGCCAUGGAGCGACCUCGGCGGGGCGCACGCAGCCGGCCCGCGCUGUGGCGGGGACGCCGCCUGAGCCCGGGCUCCGCGGGGCUUCGGGGCCGCAGGCGCGCCUCGGGGGGUCCCUGCCGCUGCCUCCGGGAAGGACUGGAGCCCCGCGUGGCGGACACUGCAGCAGUCACCGUACUGAGGCGGCCGAGCCUGCUCCGCCUGCGGCUCGGUGCGCUCUGGGCACCCGGGCGCCUGGCCCGGUGCACGGCGGCUGGCGCACCGCGGCGAGCCGGCUGCGGGACUGGCUAGAGGGCUGUGCGUGCGCGUGUUCGACCGGAGAUCCGAGCUGAAAGCAGAACCAGGCGGGCCGGAGCAGCCAUGCUUCCCGGGGUGGGCGUGUUCGGCACCAGCCUCACGGCCCGUGUCAUCAUCCCGCUGCUGAAAGACGAGGGCUUCGCGGUGAAGGCGCUCUGGGGCCGCACGCAGGAGGAAGCGGAGGAGCUGGCCAAGGAGAUGAGCGUCCCCUUCUACACCAGCCGCAUUGACGAGGUGCUGCUGCAUCAGGACGUGGACUUGGUGUGCAUCAACCUGCCGCCGCCCCUCACCAGGCAGAUCGCAGUCAAGACCUUGGGCAUCGGCAAGAACGUCAUCUGCGACCGCACGGCCACGCCGCUGGAUGCCUUCCGCAUGAUGUCGGCCGCCCACUACUACCCCAAGCUCAUGAGCAUCAUGGGCAACGUGCUGCGCUUCCUGCCGGCCUUCGUGCGCAUGAAGCAGCUCAUCGAGGAGGGCUACGUGGGCGAGCUGCUGGUGUGCGAGGUGCAGGUGCACGGCGGCAGCCUGCUGGGCAAGAAAUACAACUGGAGCUGCGACGACCUGAUGGGCGGCGGCGGCCUGCACUCAGUGGGCACCUACAUCAUCGACCUGCUCACCUUCCUCACCGGCCAGAAGGCUGUUAAGGUCCACGGGCUGCUCAAGACCUUCGUGAAGCAGACCGACCACAUCAAGGGCAUCCGCCAGAUCACCAGCGACGACUUCUGCACCUUCCAGAUGGUGCUGGAGGGCGGCGUGUGCUGCACCGUCACCCUCAACUUCAACGUGCCCGGCGAGUUCAAGCAGGACGUGACCGUGGUGGGCUCAGCCGGGCGCCUGCUGGCGGUGGGCACCGACCUGUACGGACAGCGCAACAGCGCCCCGGCGCAGGAGCUGCUGGUGCAGGACGCCACGCCCGUCAGCAACUCCCUGCUGCCCGAGAAGGCCUUCAGUGACAUCCCCUCGCCCUACCUGCGCGGCACCAUCAAGAUGAUGCAGGCCGUGCGCCAGGCCUUCCAGGACCAGGACGACCGGCGCACAUGGGACGGGCGACCGCUCACCAUGGCCGCCACCUUCGACGACUGCCUGUACGCCCUGUGCGUGGUGGACACCAUCAAGCGGUCCAGCCAGACGGGCGAGUGGCAGAACAUCGCGGUGAUGACUGAGGAGCCCGAGCUGAGCCCCGCCUACCUGAUCAGCGAGGCCAUGCGCCGGAGCCGGAUGUCCCUGUACUGUUAGCCCGGAUUGGGGACCCAGCGCGACCUAGGGCUCCCGCCUGGGGCCCAGAGAGGGGGAAAGGCUGGGGGAGAGGUGGCCUCGAGUAGUGUAGGGGUGGGGAAGUGGAAAGGCAGGGUGAGAAAAUGGCAUCUGGGAGGCUGAGCCCCUGUCCCGGUGAGGGGCCCCAAACGAGACUGUUGGGACGGUGACCUGCGGUCCCUGAGGUCGUCCUUGCUGUCGUCGGCUGAGACGGAGGCGGUCGGCCGCUUCAGCUGCCCUUUACUGUGAGAAGCCGGGAGGGGUUGCCGGCCUCCGCCCCUCAUCCAUCGCCCCCCACACCUUGGCCUCCUUGGCAAGCCAAAUACUCCUGCGUGCUCUGAGCCCUGUUUCCAGGGGCGAGCUCGGCUGGCGGGAGACGGUACAUCUUCACGUGCCCACGCAAGCCUGCAGGUGUGUGUGCGGGGGUGGGGGGGGGCGCCAGUGGCUAAAGAGAAAGUUCAGAUUCCAGGAAGCCACUUCAAGUGUCUGAACGAAAAAGUACUUGGUAGCAAAGUGUACAGCUUUCUGGAUGGAUUUGUCUUCCUCCCAGGAAGCCCGAGGGAGGGAGUGUCUUCCUAACUGGCUCAGUGCCCUUUUCCUGGCCUGAGGUGUAGGGUAAGGGAGGGCCAGGAACAGCAAGCAGAGAAUCGGGUUCCCUUGAGCCAAAAGGAGAGAGCAGGGGCACAGCCUGCACUGAGACAGAUGAGGCAGAGAAGAAAAUAUCCCUUCGGAUUUGCCAGCAAUUAAAAGCCCAUUUCCGGUGGAGUGGAAUGGCCUGGAAGGAGGGAUUCGGUACUGAAGCGUUGAGGUUGUCCUUGCACGGGGCCGAGGAGACAGCAGGAAGGAGGUGUGCGUCUGACCACAGGCUCCUGUGCUAUCCUCCAGGACCGGGGGCAGCCUUGCGCCCCAGGGUCACAGUGGCAUUUCCCAGCAGGAGGGCAAGUGAGCCCUGGACCCAUCUCUCCUAGCGAGCUGGGGAAGGGCUCUUAGGAGACUCCCCAGCUUUGUAGAUUUUAAAAGGGGGGCCUUCAGGUCCACUCAGAUAUAAUCCUCUCCCCUUUAAAAGAAAAAAAAAAUAGUCAAGGCUCUUUUCCUUAGCUUGGACCUUCGCUUUCACGCAUCAAAAAAAGAAAAAUUUUGAAUAGGUAUUAAACAAAAGGACAGCAAGCAACACACUUUUCGGCGUCUCUAAAUGGGGUUUGAGAACCCUCUGAGGUGUAUAGUUCCCAUAGGCUGAAGAAGGCUAAUGUAGGAAAAAGCAUCUUCUUCCUCUUGGUCUCCUGUCUCUCUUGUCUUGUCAUCCUCUGCUUACAGGGAGGGCUUUUACUGGAGAUGGCAAACUGCAGGCUUGGAGCAGGCAGUGCCCGAAGGGAACAACCAGACACAUACACACACACACGCACACGCACACGCACACACACACACGGAUUUAUAAAUGCUCGCUACCACCAUUGUCACUAAAAUCGCUCUUAAAAAUUCAGACCUAGUCUUGAAAGAAAGCCCAGGUCAAAUACAUUUUGAAAAUGGGGAAUUAUCCUUUUGUUAUCUUUUCUUAAUCCUUAACCCCACAUCGGACAUUUGUCGAGCUUGGCUGUGGAGACUGUCGCUUGUAAACGUACACGGCGUUUGUUCACAGUCACAGAAAUCCAGCCGUUGUCUUUGGCACACAAGUGACGUCUAGACAUCUUUUCAGAUGGCCCCGCACUGGAGCUGGAAGGGAAUUUAAGGGGCUGAGGGUGAACCCCAGGCUCUGAGUGGGCAAAGUCCCAGAAUGAACCGUGCGCUCAGUUGCUCCCUCCUUCCUCCUCCCAGGGGCAAUACACUGAAUCCCAGGCUGCCCGUGGGUCCUGCGUGGCCGUGUCCAAACACCACGGGAAUGUGGUAUUUUCUAGCACGGAGGGGUAGGGAUCGCCUCCCUAGAAAGAAUUACCCUGCUUCCUGGUCCCUUACCACAAUGUGGGAAGGUUAGUGAGCUAAAACUCUCCGUCGCACGAUUGGUCCCUGCUCCGUUCACAGAAUCAGCCUGCCAGCUUUCCUAGCUACCAGUUCAAAACUAGAGGUUUGGUAGAAUGGAAGUCUCCCAGUAAGAAUUUGAGCAGAGGGCCAUGCCAUGGACUGUUUUGGUUCAGAUUCUCCUAAAUUCCCCUCUGGAUACAUAGCUUUUGUGGAAACUGAGUGGAAAGAAUAUUUUCUUUUUCUAGUUGGCCCCGAAAGGCUGUGAUCAAAGAUGUGGAGAAAGGAAACCAGUGACUCUAUGAGUCUCAUUUUUCUAAGUCAUUUAUAAUCUAAGUAGGGCUGUUCCUGGGGUUUCAGUUUUGUUUCUGUACUUAAAAUACUUGGGACUACUUCCCCCCCAAAGAUCACUGCGGUCCGUGAUAAAUAUUUAGUGUCUAAAACAGAAAUUCUCAUUUGAGGCUGGGGUAUAUGGAAAGAAUAUACAUUCUUAAAAAGAAGCAUGAAAAAUAUUUUAGUAAGUGUUCUUAAAUUCUGUCUACUGAAAUGCAUGUAGUAGGUAGAUGCAGGAACAAGUGGAAGAAAAGACAUAGUUCAUUUUCUUAGUGUAAAAUCUACAGUAAAUGGGUUCUUCAGUGCUCCUUGGGCCCCAGGCCUAUCACUUGCAAAGACUUGAUUAGGAGUCACAAUAUAAAGCUGAAAUCUGAAGCUUUCAACAUUCUAUGGAAGGACUUUGUCCCAGCCCAGCACCCCCAGUAGUCCCCUCAGGGGACUGGGUACCAUCAGCUGGGUUCGAGCUCAGACGAAGUCUCUGGGGUAACCCAGCCCUCUCUGCCUUGUUUAAUGUGUUUCAAGGACCCAGAGUAAUGGAGGCUCCAUUUUAGGGUCAUCACAUUUAGUCCCCACUUGCCUGAUUUGUUCCCGUUAUUGUGAGGGGGCCUCUGAUGCUGAACAUUUGGGCUCACGCCACUGGCGUCCUCUGCAGAGUGUUCCAAAUUCCAAAUUCUGAGAGGGGGGAUCAGUCAGGGUAACCACAAGUGCUUGGGAAUGCUCUGGGCUUAUUUGGAAGGGUUGGAUUCUCUGAGUUUUCUCCCGGAGAGAGAGUUCAUGACCACUGUCAGCUCCCCUACGACUUCUCCCCGCAAUGGAGAGGAGUGGCAGGGGACCACAGAUGCUCCUUAGCCCACCAGGCAGCAGAUACCUCGGGACUCUAAGGGCAGCUUGGCUGACUCCAGCUCAAGGGGGACUUCUCCCCGACCCUUUCUCCAUCCUCAGAGAGCCACGCCAGUACUCUCUGCGCUCCCACAUUCCUUGAUCAUCUACUGUGUGCAGGGUAUUUUAAGUACGUUAUCUCGCUUAAUCCAUAAAAACAGCCCUGUAGUAUUGGGUAUUGUCGGUCCCAUUUUACACAUGAGAAAAUUGAGGCUGAGAGGAAGAGUAACUUGCCCAGAGUCACAAAACUAUUAAGUAGAAGUGGGGUCACCUGAAUCCAAACCUUUCUUCUCCUCCAAACCACGUUGCCUCCCACGAAGAAAGGUUUGAGCCUCUGCUAUUCCUCCCGGGCAGGAGAGCGCUUCUUGUCGAACCCUGUCGGGGUCUGUGGAGCAACAGCGUUUAGAGUUCCAUGUGACCUGUGGGUGCCCCUCUGCUGCUGUCGACACCUGCCUGUGGAGCAGGAUGCCAUGUUUGAUGUUCUGCCAGAAGGUUCCUUGUAGAGCUGCAAAUAGAGUCGAUCUUUCUUCCUCUUCCAAAAUGGAAAUAGCACUCAGCUUCUUUUCAAAUCAACGUCCUAAGUUGAUUCUGACUGUAAGCGAUGCGGCAAGCCACAGAGUUGGGGAUUUUCAGAACGUUAGCCGAUUAUCAUGGAUGGCCUUGGGUUUUGCUCUCGCAGUAUAUAGCAUAGGAAAAUGUCUUUUCUCAGGGAGUGGGGCUUUGACAGUUCAUUUGUGUGUGACUCAGAUUUUAGCUGUGCGUUGCAUUUGUACCUUUAGACCCUCUUAACUCUUCAUCUUGUCUCAGAGCCGCAGCUGUUGAAUACGACCUGUGGUCACAAAGUAGGUUUCUGAUUGCAUCACUUUUAUUCUGGUGGGUUUGGGGCGGGGGAGGAAUUCACCAUUGAUAAGGGUACCCUGGGGAGAAAGUAAAGCCAGUUGCAUCUGGAGGGACUUCAGAGCCCAAUAUAUUCAGUUCCUUUAUUUUUACAUCCCCAAGAGGUUAAGUGAUGACCUAGGUCACACCGCUUCCUAGUGGUAGAGCCAGAACUAAAAUCCCAGUUUUCUGACUCUAAGUCCCAUCCUGCAUCUUCAGAGCCUCAGAUGGGGAGAGGGAGGCCCAGAGAGGUGAAAUGACUUGUCUCAGGUCGCAGGGCUAGUUGGGGCAAGAGUUGCAGUUAGAACUCAGACCUGCAACUGACAGUAUUCCCUGAGCUGUUGCAGCUGAAUCAGUUUUUUAAAAACUCAAUUAUGUCUUGAAUGUACUCAGAAAACUAGCUGUUUAAAAUUUCCCAUUGUGACUGUAAUGUGAACAGUUACCUCUAAUUUGUAUUCUAUUGGCAAGGAUGGGGGAUAUACAUUCAGAUGCUCACCUUUGGGAUUUCCUGAGGCCAGCUCUACUUCUGGGCUCUACCCUGCCCUCUGCGUACAGAUCUAGGUCUUGACUAGCUUAGGAUUCCUGCCCCACCUACCACCUCCGUCUUUGGCCAUCCAAAUCCUGAAGUUUAUAGGGCAGAGGUCACGACCCUGGGGAGGUUUUUGUUUUGUUUUGUUUUAAAUCGACUCUCCGAGCCCUGCCUUUCAAUUCCCUUUCGGGGACAGGGAGACGCGUAAUAAAAUAAAAGCUGUGCUUGUCUGCAGCCCAUGGGCCCACCCCAGCCUGUCGCAUCCUGGGCAGAGAAGCGGGCGGUUGGGGGUACCCCAAGUUUGAGGGAAGAGCCCUGAGUUGGGCUUCAGAACUUUUCCCAAGAGGAGUGUAGACCUGCUGUGCUUCUUUAAGAGGUGUUGGGCUCGGUGGUCUCAUCAGAGUGUGCUGGUGCAGCCGGUAAGUACCGUGUACCUGAGUUCCACACCAGUUAGCAAUGAAAGGCAGUGGCCUCCUGACCUUUUCUUCCCCAUGUCACGGUCCCUAUUUGCUGGAGCUCUUGAGAGGGGCACCAAGCGUCUGGCUCUGUCAGGCUCCUCAAGUGUUGCGCUACUGAAUACUCCUGAAUCUGUUGCCCCUUUCUGUUUACACCAGCAGUGAGUAGACAAAUAACAAGGCCCUGGCACAUGCAGUGGCUCCGUGCUUGGCGUGGCAAUCAUGCUUGCCUGGGUGGUGUGAGCGGGGCCCCCAGACUGACCCAGGUCCAGUUCUCUGCUGUCCCCUGCAGCCACCAUAAGGGCUACGUUGUUGAAUGAGCCCCAUGGUUUCUCCCCAGCAACUCCAUGACUGAUUUGAUCCUAGUCCCAGGCUAAGAAACAGAACCCAAGGAAGCGACCUGCCUGCUCCUUUGCUCCCCUCCUUCCCCAUCAGGCAUCCAACCAUAUUUAGUAUUCUUGCCCUGUGCCUUGCCCAGGGGAGGGAGAAGUUUCUAGUACUUAUGGUUUUCUGUUGGUUGCCUGGUGCUUCUACUGUUAUUUUAUUGUGUUGUUGUUGUUUUUAACCAAAAAUUGCAUUUGUUUGGUUGUCAAUGUCGAGUGUGUGUUUAUUGUUCUACAAACAUGAGUAUAUAUAUGUAUGUAUAUGUAUAAAAACAAACAUAACAUAUAAAAAGUCAAGGCAUGUAUACUAGAUAUUUUAAAGAGUUAUUUAUCAAGGGAAAAAGAUGUGUGUUAUAAAGUAAACAGAGUCUAUAUUUUAUAUAUAAUGUAGAUAGCAAAAAAUAGCUUAUAAAUUAUAGAAGGUUUGGGUUUUCUUUUUUUUUAUUAUUAAAGCAAAAAAAAAAAAAAAAGACAA